CGUUAGAGGUUCAGUUUCCUGGAUGCGGAGCUUACUGUUUUGGUUCCUCUGUGAAUGGACUUGGAACGAAGGAGAGUGAUGUCGAUAUUCAUUUAGACCUCGAGGAGCAGCUGAAUCUGGACAGAUCACGGUUAAACCGGAAACGGAAGUUUGAGAUACUUGAAGAAAUACUCCGCUCUAAUAGUCAGUGUGCUCACGUUCAACCAGUUCCUAACGCAAAGGUGCCUGUCAUAAAAUUCCACCAUCUGCCAACUGGUCUUUCCUGUGAUCUUUCGUUUAAGAACAAGAUGGGGGUGUUCAAUAGUCAGUUCAUCAAAUCUUGUGUUAACAUGGAUGAAAGGUUUCAGUCCCUCUUCACAACUAUCAAAUUCCUUCUGAAACACCAGGGUUUGACAGGAGGGGGUGGAGAUAGAAUAAACUGUAAUAGGUUUACAAGCUACGCAGUCACACUUAUGCUAAUAUUCUACUUGCAACAGCUAGAGAACCCUAUCCUACCUCCUGUAGCUGAGAUAUUGGAGUUGGAUGGUAUGGAUCCGGAGUUUAACAUAAAUGGCUGGAUAUUCUCAUUUUCAUUUGAGAAUAUCGUUUCUGUUAACAAGAAUCUGAUGAGUCUAGAACAACUGCUAACUGGGUUCUUUGAAUUUUACAGUACGUUCUAUUAUGAGUUCAUAAUCUGCCCGUUCUUUGGCACAGAGAUAACCCAUGAAUCAUUUAAGGUAAAUUUAAAACAUUUAAAAUGGUUAUCAAAAGAUAAUGUCAUUUAGAGACGUAAACAGAAG